UAGCUGAGCUGUAAAUGGGCUGCGGGGCUGGCUGCUUUCGUCGGGUUGGCAGUGAUAUUUUUCAGAGCCGUUGCUCUACUUCGAGAGCGACAGCUAAUCUGUUGUUGGGCUGGUUUUAUUGCUGCUGAAAAGUUUCCACCUGCGGCUAGGCCAUUGCUGAGAGCUUUGAGUCGGUGACUGCAACGCUCGCAUCAGCCGUUCUUCGCGUGUGGGACUUGGAGCUUGGUUAAGGAAAAUGGCGCGAUCUGCCUGAGUGCGCUUGGGCUCCUGGGCCGCGGUUAGCUGAGGCUGCCCUUCGGCUCAUCCCAGCACACCGCGAGUCGUGGCCUGGGAUAAGCAGCAAGAGCUGCCAACGGGCCUUGGCUGCCGUUCUGCUUCCUGAGCGGGCGUAGCGCUGACUGCUGCACCCAGAUCAUGAGUGGAGUGCGCCAGGUUGAUGUAGAAGCACUGCUGUGGACAUUUUCAUUUUACAUAUUGUGUGUGACUUCAGUGAGCUAAGAUAAAGUCUUAGUGUAGGAAAUACUUCUCCUGCUCGUUACUGCCUUUGUUUUUGAUACUAAUAAAGCAGUGCAGUUUUGGCUUAGUGACGGUAGGAAGGAGAUGGUUUGUAUUGGAUGUCAGACGUGGUUAUGUAACGUUAUCUGGUGAUCUCACUGCCUUUUGGCUGAUGGCAGAAUUGGCAGCCUGCUGUAAGCAAAAUCUGAGGAGAUUUAUUGCAGUAAAUGGCAGCACUGGGUAUAUUUGUUUUAAUUGUAGGUGGGUUCUUUGAGCAUUUCCACACUGCCAUCGUGGGUCACUAGGUUGCUGCAAAACAUUAACUUUGAAAGCCAUUGGCAUAACACGGUAGCUAUAAAUACUGUCCAUAUGAAAUACAGCAUUUCUAAAGGAAGGCUCUGCCAUGCAAGGCUGUAUUAAACUCUGUCAGAUGAUAGCAUAAAAUUUGAAAGCUGUAAAAUUGUGUAUUUUUAAAUAGCAAUAAAAAGUUAUUUAACUUGCACUCUGUACAAUGCUACAGACACUGCUGAUUUCAGCAUAAAGAAAAUGUUUUUUCCUUGCAGUUGUAGAACAAGAACAGGGAUGCAAUAAAAAAUGGAAAAUCAAAAGGUGCAAAAACCACAAUGUGAUAUGAAAACAGAUUUGAACUUACUGCUUGAAUGCCUUAAAUACCAGAUGGACUGCCCUUCAUCCCAGAAAGAGGCUUUGAUCACUAUUUAUUCAAUUUGUCAACAAAAUAGUGAAGCUUGUGAAUAUUUACGAGAAAUUGGUGGUUUGGGGUUUAUAAAUGAUCUUGCAAAGUCAAGUGCUCAUGGCAUAGUGAAGGAAGCAGCUUUAUUUACACUAGGAAUCAUAAUAGAGAGUAAUGUUUACUGCCAACAAACUUUGUGUUCUUCUGCAUUAUUUGAGGACCUCAUUUCAUUCUUAAUGAAUAAGGAUUCUGGUGUGAACUUGAAAAGAAUGUCUGUUUAUGUCAUCUUGGCACUGGUUUCAAAUAAUAAACUUGGCCAAACCUAUGUCAGAGAAACAGGCUGCAUUGAUCUGCUGCUGCAGUUAUUCAGAACAACUCUUUCCACACCUGAGCUGAAUCUGUCAGAUGAAAAUACAAAUAGCUGCUACCAGCUGUGGUGUUCAGUCUGUAGCACUCUCUGUGCCUGUGUUAACAAUCCUCAGAAUGCCCCCGUGCAGAAAUAUUUUGUUUCUGUUGGAGGAUUGGACACCUUGGCUCAACUCCUCCUCAAGCUGAUGCGUGAUGAUUCCUGUCUGAGUCACCCUAGCACGAAGCUUGCAAUAGUAGUAACAAAGACUCUGGAUGCCUGCAUUGCUAAUGACUCUGCCAUGGCUGUUGUUUUGGCGAAGUAUCACACUGUGUCAGAACUGCUGAACCUACUGUCUAAUGACACUCUGGAUACGGGAGAAAAAAUGAGUGUUAUUCUAACAAUUGGACACUGUACUGAAGUCUCUGAAGAAAACCAGUGUGAACUGCUCAAGAACAAUGGUCUUCCACUUAUGAUUCAGGUACUAACUGAGUCUCAGGAUGAGGAACUACACAAAGCUGCUACUUUUGUGCUGCAGAACUGCAAGCAAAUGACUAAACAAUUGUCCUUGAAAAUAAAUGAGAAGUCCCUAAGUGUGAAGAAUGCAGAAGAGCUGGAGGUGGACAUGCAAAUCAGAGAAAGAAAUCAACGAAACUACUGGAAGAAAGCAAAAGACAUUCUGCACAGAAUAAACUUGAUUGAAAAAGAACAUGAGGAGAUCAGCAUGUUUAUGGAGGAAGGAGCGGAAGGAAGACCGUUUGAGAGGAGUUCAUGGGAUUUUGAUGCUUCAAUGCUGGCUUCUGAAGUGAAUCCCAGUGAUACAAAAGCAUGUAUAGAAAGAAUGUGCAAAGAAUUAUGUGGUCCACAGUUAACUUCUAAGUUGGAUGACGGAGUUCUUGCUCUAGCUGCAAAUUCUUCUGCACUGACUGAGAAUCCAGUAAAUGCUUCUGCUAGAAAAAGUAAACAGAGUGAUAUUCCACGUUCAGUUUAUGCGAUGCAGUCAGACACUGCAAUUCAAAGUUGUAGUGUAAAUGAAAAAACAGCAGGUGAAAAAAGUCAGUCUGUUCUUCAGCUAAGGAAAGGCUUACUUCAACAACCAGGGAAGACUAUUAAGCAUAUGAAAUGGGCAAGCACACCAGACCAACAUUCAUUCUACUCAGAGAUAACAAAGGAAGAAAAAAUUAAUUUGAUUACAACUGCAUCCCUUAAAAUGACAGACUUCCUGUGUUUGGGUUGUACAACAACAGGACUGUCUUUCAAUAGCAGAACUUUUAGUAAGAUGUUGCAAACUUGUCCAUACCUGUGUGGCCGUCACAGAGUCAUUCUGGAAGCUGAAGAAAGAUAUAAAAAGAAACUUCAGAAAUCAUGUGGCUCUAACAGAAGACAUGCAGCUUAUGAGAAGAUAGUGCUGACUCCAGUGAAGAAAGGAAAACUGCUAGUAGAGACAUCUUUAAAGAGCAAACAGGAUAAUUUCCAAAGUAUUCUUUUGACUCCAAUUAGAAAAAGCAAACCCAAUACUUUGAAUAGAUAUCAGCAUAAUAAAAAUACUCGGUUAUCUGAAGAAUAUAACUUGCAACCAACAUAUGAAAAAUAAACAAGAAAAACAAGGAUCAUCAUCAAAGUCUUUCAAGAGAAUUUUGGAUUUUAAUACAUGAAGUUGAAGAACAGCAUUGUUAACAGUGAGGUACAGUUACUACAAUUCCAACUUCUAGAGAAUUUAGAUGAGUUCAGACCCAUGUUUUGUACUGCUAACAUUCAUAACAAUUGUUAUGCUUUGCAGAUUUCAGUUAAACUGUAAGUUUUUC